CGGGUGGCGGCUCGGGGGCUCGCGGCGCAAACUUUCAGCCUGUUCGUUUCGGGGUUCGCGCGGCGACCAGGGGCUGCGUCCGCCUACAGGGGGGUCACUGCCAAGGGCAUGGAGUCCGUCAUUACUGCAGUCUUCCACCUGUCAUCCGUGGAGUGGAAGGAGUGCGAGUGAGGCAGAGGUGUCAGGUCGCGACAGUGAACUCUGAGCCAGCGACUGCAUCUUCCCAGCCGGAAUAUUUGAAAGUUUUCUGGGGGUUCGUGCCAGAGCUGAAUGUUAGAGAGAUUUUUUACAUUUCUCUGGAAAGUGAAGUGCCCUAAUAUAACCCAGGCUGUCAAAGAGAGCAGUCACAGAUUUUGAAAAGUGACCAUGAAGAGUGAAGAAGUCACAUUUGUGGUACUUGAAAGUUAGCGACUGCUUGCCACAUUUUCAUGAAAAUUAAGUAUGACUUAGAAGCAUUGAAGGUUUAUGAUGUCAUCGGUUUCAACAGAGAGCAAACUCCAGCAGGCUGUGAGCCUGCAGGGGGUUGACCCAGAGACAUGUAUGAUUGUAUUUAGAAACCACUGGGCACAGGUUGUAAAAAUCUUGGAGAAGCAUGACCCCUUGAAGAACUCCCAGGCAAAAUAUGGGUCCAUCCCUCUGGAUGAGGCCAGCGCUGUGCAGAACUAUGUAGAACACAUGCUUUUCUUGCUCAUUGAAGAGCAAGCCAAGGAUGCUGCAAUGGGGCCAAUUUUGGAAUUUGUGGUCUCUGAGAACAUAAUGGAGAAGCUCUUCCUUUGGAGUUUGAGACGGGAGUUUACUGAUGAGACUAAAAUUGAGCAGCUGAAGAUGUAUGAGAUGUUGGUCACCCAAUCACACCAGCCUCUGCUGCAUCAUAAGCCCAUUCUGAAGCCUCUGAUGAUGUUGCUCAGCUCUUGUUCAGGAACGACCACUGCAGCUGUGGAGGGGAAGUUGGUUGUCCUCCUCAGUCAACUCUGUUCCAUCCUUACCAAAGAUCCAUCCAUUCUGGAACUCUUUUUCCACACUAGUGAGGACCAAGGGGCUGCCAACUUCCUUAUCUUCUCCCUCCUGAUUCCCUUCAUUCAUCGCGAAGGGACAGUUGGCCAGCAAGCUCGGGAUGCUUUGCUGUUUAUCAUGUCUCUUUCUGCCGAGAACAGCAUGGUGGCCCAUCACAUCGUGGAAAACACCUAUUUUUGUCCAGUACUGGCAACUGGUCUCAGUGGGCUGUACUCCUCCCUGCCCACGAAGCUGGAAGAGAAAGGUGAGGAGUGGCACUGCCUCCUGAAGGACGACUGGCUCCUGCUCCCACCGCUUGUGCAGUUCAUGAACUCCCUGGAGUUCUGCAAUGCGGUCAUUCAGGUGGCUCACCCCCUGAUUCGCCAUCAGCUUGUCAAUUACAUCUACAAUGGAUUCUUGGUCCCUGUCUUGGCUCCUGCUCUUCAUAAGGUGACUGUGGAGGAGGUCAUGACCACCACUGCGUACCUGGACCUUUUCCUGCGCAGCAUCUCGGAGCCAGCGCUGCUUGAGAUCUUCCUCCGUUUUAUCCUGCUGCACCAGCAUGAGAAUGUUCACAUUCUAGACACUCUCACAAGCCGAAUCAACACCCCCUUUCGGCUUUGUGUGGUGUCCCUGGCGUUAUUCAGAACUCUUAUCGGUUUACAUUGUGAAGAUGUGAUGUUACAACUAGUUUUAAGGUACCUGGUCCCCUGCAAUCACAUGAUGCUGAGUCAGAGGUGGGCUGUGAAGGAGAGAGACUGCUACUCGGUGUCUGCUGCCAAGCUGCUCGCCCUGACCCCUGGCUGCUGCGCCAGCGGCAUCACCCUGACUCUCGGGCACCAGGAGCGGGAUCACAUUCUCUGGUCAAAGGGCGCCCAUGAUGGCUCAGGGCCCAUGGAGCCGCUGCCCGAGGCACCCUCGCCUUCGGCCUGCAUCGUGGAGUAUGGGAAGACCCUGGACAUCAGCUACCUGCAGUACCUGUGGGAGGCCCACACCAACAUCCUGUGCUGCAUGAGGGACUGCCGUGUUUGGUCUGCGCUGUACGAUGGGGACUGGCCCAGCUCUCAGACGUUUCUGCACAGCCUGCCGGAGGAUGGCCACGUGCGAUCAGAGUGCCCUGGCCCCCAGCUCCCACAGCACCCGGGGACAGGCGGCUCUCAGCCGGCUCCAGCCAAGGACAAGGGCCAGACAGAGCUGGAGUGGGACGACAGCUAUGACACUGGCAUCUCCUCGGGGGCGGAUGCGGGUUCCCCUGGGGCUUAUGAUGGCCUGGAGACUUCUGACCCCCCAGUGCCUCUGGAUCCCCCUAAGCACAUCCAGGAGAUGAAGAAGAAUGCCAUCUCUCUCUUCAAAGGGUCCUACAUUGAGGAGUCGGACUUCCAGGAUGAUGUGAUGGUGUACAGGCUCUGUGCAGAGAAGGAUGCGGAGGAGGAAACUGUGAGUCUGCCCGCUGAGGCCCAGCCCGAGGUUCAGAGAUCCCCUGUGAACAGCGGGCCCCACAGUCCCCUGCCAGAGACAGAUUCGGAGGGGGAACACAAGAGGGACAGUGCAGACCUGUUUCAGAACACGUCCAAGGGCCCGGUGCAAGAGGAUGACACGGCCCCAGGGUCAGAGUCAGAGCCAGCAGCCCCCACCUCUGAGGCAGAGCAAGGCCCAGACCUGCCUGGAAUCAGCCCGGAGAGCAGAGACUUCAGUGUGCAGUAUGACCAGAUCAUUCGAGAACUGGAUUCGGGCUCCGAGAGCUUGAUGGAGCAGAGCUUUCCCACGCUGGAGCCCUUGCUGCUCCCCAGAGAGGAAGAGGGUGGGGAAGAAGAGCAGCACGGAAAGGAGGAGGAUGAGCAGGAGGAGCAGGAGAGGGACGUGGAAGCAGAGGAGGAGGAGGACUUUGACUCUCUCAUCGCAGAAGCUCCUACUGCAGAGAGUGUACCUUCCCCGUUUGGGGUGAGAGAGGAGACUACCCUUGCCGGGCACCAUCCCGGGAGGACUCUGGGCACUCCGUUCACAGGCCCAUUCAUCAGUGUGGUUCUGUCAAAGCUGGAGAACAUGCUGGAAAACUCGCUGCACGUUAACUUGCUACUUAUCGGGAUCAUCACACAGUUGGCCAGCUACCCCCAGCCCCUUCUGCGCUCCUUUCUGCUCAACACCAACAUGGUCUUCCAGCCCAGCGUGCGCUCCCUCUACCAGGUCCUUGCAUCUGUGAAAAACAAGAUUGAGCAGUUUGCCUCUGUGGAGAGAGACUUCCCAGGCCUCCUCAUCCAAGCCCAGCAGUACCUGCUCUUCCGGGUGGACAUGUCUGAUGUGACCCCUGUGGCGCCAACCAAAGAUCCAGUUCCGGAGGCUUCCAGAACCGGAAGUAGCAGGAACCUUUUGGAUGGUCCCCCAAGAGUGCUUCAGCCCUUCCUGACCAACAGAGCCAAGGUGGCCGGGGCACCCCCAGACCUGCCCCUGCCGGUGAGGAACACCAUGCUGGCUGCCGCCCUCUUCCCCGAGUUCCUGAAGGAGCUGGCUGCACUGGCGCAGGAACACUCCAUUCUGUGCUACAAGAUCCUGGGGGACUUUGAGGAAUCCUGUUGCUAGUGUUUUAAAAAAUUGUCUUCGUAGACUCUUGUUUUGUAAGGUUGUAGUAUCUUGACUGAAUGUUAAAUGCAAAGCUGCUUGUCAGAUUCCACUUUGAUGUUUCCUGACGAUACUUGAUUUACAGGGAGAUUUCUGUCUGUCUGGCCGGGUCUUCCUUCUGUGCAUUAUAUAGAAUGUAAGUCUCAUAAGCUGACUGCUUCCCUAGGCGGAUCGUCUUUGCUCAUUUUCCCCACCUCACACGUUUCUGUUAUCUUCCCUUCCCUCUGAAGCACUCGGCCUGCUGCUCAGAUCGUACCGAGCACCGAUUCCUGACGUGCUGUGGCAGAAGGCCACUCUCAGAGCACACGAAGGUGGCUCCCCAGCAUCUGCGCCCUGCUCUGCUGCCUUCCGCAUUUUGGCUUUCAUUUUAUAAAAGGAAGAAUUAAGAUGGAGCUGUUCUCGCCUCCGUCACAGGAGCACACAUCCUGUGCCCCUCUGAAUCUUCCUUCUGGGACUCGUGUUCUCUCCACACUCAUUGCCUUACGAUACAGAAAGCCCCCCAGUCCCAGUCUCUGCCUGGGUUGUCACUUGGAGUUGGAGAGGAAUCAGUGCAGAGAAUAAUUUCUUGUUGCUUGAGAGCUUUCUUUAAUCCCUGCAACACUGCCUAAACACUGACGAUAGCCUUAUUUCAGUAAGAUUUGCACUAAGCAAAGUGUGCCUAUGCAAACUGUUACUUUAGUUUUUAGGAGUUCGAUCAGAUGGAGAAAGUGUGCUGUUUUAUUAUGCAAGAAGACAGUCAUCAUUUUUUCCAAGUGUUUUAGGAAACAUUAAGUUGUGAUGUGCUUCCAUAGUGAGUUUUUUUUGGGAAAGACCGGAGUGGGGGCAAACGAUAAAAGUCAGCUAAAUGCAGCCUGUAAAAACCCUGGUCAUUAUUUUGAAUUGUUUUCCUUUGCUAACAUGUUGCACCUUAUAGAGAAAUAGGUGGGCACAGCCCACUUAGGGAGCUGGGACAUAAACGUAUCCAGGUCACUGCAGCCCUGCAAAGCCGAGUGCCUGCUGGUGGCUGCUCCACAAUACUUCUGAAUGCAGCUUCUCCAGAGGACCCUCAAGCCAUCACUGCUCUUCAGCCUCCUCCAAGAGGCAGGAUGGUAUCCAGAGCCAUGGCCACCCCAAGCUACCACCAACAGGGAGAUGCACAGAUAACGGUGGGUUAAAGUGAGACCGUACACAGCUGAUGUAGAUGGGUAUCACAUUGCACUCUCAUCUGUCCUGGGCCCAGGUCUGUGGGGGAGAAGCAAGGCACAGGAUGAGCCUGUUUGGAGGGAGACUGGAAAGCUGGGCUCCUUCUGAUCCCGUUGUCGGCGUCUGUGCCGGGCCUGAGGCCAGCUGCAGGUAUGGUGGUUGUACCCAGGGCACUCGUGUCUCAGGCCCCUGUAGAGAAGAGAAGUGGGAAGGUGAUCCUCUGUGCUUUGGGGAUCUUGAAGAGGCUGUGUACUGAGAGAUGCAGAGCCAGUCUGGACCAGGAAAGCCAUCGGGAGUCACCUUGGCAUUGUUUCAUAGCCCAGGCAAGAAACCCAUUUACCUGUUUGUGGCACACGUCUGACUUCACAUUUGCUUGUCAUGAAAAAGGGUUUUGCCCGGCUGAGGCACCACAGCCAGAACAUCUGAGGCACAACUCACUGGUCUGCCUGUGGCUUCCUAAUGCCUCCUUGUAUUUACACAGCCCACACAUCUCCAGCAAGAAGAAGGUAGGGAAAGAACGGUUAAGCUGUAAUAUAUUAUGCUCAACUUAGUUUUGCACAAGUACACAUCUGGUUGGUUGGACUUACCGGUCACAACAUAGUGUUCUUUAGCUGCAUUAUCUGGUGGCAGGAGCUACUGCGUGGUGAGUGUUUCUUUAUUGUAGAGCACCAUGGUGCCCCACGUGGAAAGUGCCCAUUAGGACGGGGAUUGACUUUGUGCCUCCUGUUUUUUUCAGUCAGUACUGAAGCAGUUACUUUAAAAGGGGGACAGAUGCUUGGAGCAGGAGAGAGGUGGGAACAUGUGGCUUCUGUGGUGGGUUACCCGUGGCCCACUCACCACUGCCCUCCUCACAUCCUGAGCUGGAAACUGGCUCCUGUUUCCGUAGCUAUCACAGUUCUCCGCCAGGGGACUGUGCCCAGAGUAUUGCAGAAUGAAGUCGGAAAGCUGACCUGGAAGUACACUGCAGGACAUCAGAAAGGCCCGUGUGGUUGGGCACAAUUGCCCAGAAUGGCUACUUGGGGAAAAUAGAGAGUGGUGCUGGAAACAGGACUGGAACAGACCCGCAGCCGUUUGGAGGAGGAACGCUGUCUUAGGCAGAUGUGAAGGUGCCAGCCAGGUGGGUGGUGACGAGACUCCCUGAAGGGGAAAAGACCACCGAAUGAAGUAGAAUGCUCCAGUCCUCAAGUCAACAGGCAGGACCCUUAGAGGUAUCUUAUUUUUGUUUCGUUUUUGGAAAAAGUUUUGGGAAGAAUUUUAAAAAGCUUUGAUGUCCAAGCUCGUGGCUCCUCUCCCUGUGAGCAGCCUGUGUCCACUGCCCUGCUCCUCACUGGAGGGAGACCUGAGGGGCACAGAGCUUCUGCUGCAGUCCUGGGCUGGUAUCACUGUCUCCCCCCAUGUCCCAGGAGGGAAACUGAGUGGAGGGCUCCUGGAACAUCCCAGCAUUAACCUCAGUUCAUAAUUCAGGGACUGACGGCAGUCUAGACGCAAUCUUCUGGUUCAAAGUAUGAGAGCACUGGCAUAUUUAAAAUUGAUUUUUUGAAAAUGUCCAUGUGAUGUUUGCAAAAUCUAAAACAGAAAUUCCACCUUAGGUCCAGCCUAAAGCACAGUUUCAUGAGAGGAGAUUACAAUUUCCCAGCCGUUAGGUGGAGAGGCUAGAAUACCUAGCUACUCAGAGGUGUGACUUUCUUUUUAUAGAGACUUUCUUUCCCUUGUAUUUAGGAGCACUGUGAAAUUGUGCCUGUUAGGUUGAGCAUUAUUUUAGAACCUCCCCUGACAUGCUCAGGUUGGACUUGAGGCAUUGGCUGUGUGCGGAGGACAUAGGCAGCACUUUCCAGGCCCUCGUAGUACCCUUUCCCUAGCAGGGUUUUGACUGAGGUCAGAUUUAGUUGGUUUUUGGUGCUAUGACUUCACGAGGCCUGGGUGUGGUCAGGAGUGUGCUCUCAUGCACGUGAUCUAGAACCCAGAUACGCAGGUCUGGGGUCCCACCCGAGGUGGGCAUCCAGUGUGGUCAGGUUGAAGUGUGCAGUCUCUGUGCAGUGUUGUGUGGACUGACCGCCAGACCUGCGUGGAGGUUCCGGUGGCAGACGGGCUGCUCUUCACGUCGGCGCUCAGGUCGUGUUCAGUAGGUGGUAUGUGAUGUUAAAUACCUUCCAGUGCCCCAGUUAGCAUUUAAGGGCAGUUCAGUUUGACUGCUAAGUACCAGCUCUGUAUUUACAGAAAUGUCUGUCACACUCGCCAUUUUUAUGAAGUACUCGAUUGUAGGACAGCUGUUACUGCAUGUGCUAUGCCAGUCACUGGGGGGAUCGGUGUGAUGUGGGGGUGCUGCAGGCCUGGGCCAAUUCGGCAGUGUUGUCUCUGCCCGAGGCCUUGUCAGCUUUUAAGUCACUGGCCCCUUCUUAGGUGCCGGUCUGUAACUGGACAGCUUAGAACACGUCACACCAGUUCAUUCCACCCCAGCACAUCAGUGACGAGUUUUAAGAGGAUGGAAUUGACGUUUUUUCUUUCCUUUUGAAUGACCAUUGUAAACCUAAUGCUUCAGAAAAAGCUCUUGGAAGGCUAAGAAUGGGCUUUUGGAUAAUUUUGCCUCAGUAAAUCCUCUCUACAUUCAGACAUCUACUAGGCCAUUAUGUUUUGGAGGACAGAUUAUCCUGGCAGUUCAUUUCCUGGUAAAGCCCUGUUUACUCAGUUAAGCUUUCAGAGAGGUUCUUUAGGGAAAAGGAUGACUGGGGUUCGGUGCGGGGGGGCUCCCAGUUUGGGCCUCACUCUCAUGCCCCCAAACUGAUUUUAGCAGGGCGAUCUUCCUGUCCCAUUAGGAUCACUGUGAAUGUUGCUCCUAGCGGAGCUGUCAGUGCAGUCUGCAGUGCUUUCAGGCAUCUUUUGGGGAGCCUGGGUUUAAUGUAUCAUUUCAGGACUCAAAGGUGAGGAAGCUCUUGGGCCGAUCACACAUUUCAGGGAGCUGAGGCUGACAUUUUAUUGGAUAAGUGUACAAAACAAAGACCCCCCCCCAUAACCAGGCUCCCCCUUUUCACUGGAGGUGUUUGAAGGAGAGAAUUUAGUGUUGAUGACCUUAAAUGGUCUUUGCUCAGCUGCGUGACUAGGGAUGCAUUUGGCUAAAACUUGUGGCCACUUCCAGGAAUGGGUGAAUAAUAGCAUGACCUUUCACAGAGGGCCGGCACCUCCUUCCCCAUAGUCAUGGGGGGGCGUCCCCUGAAAUGAUGAAAAAGUCAAUAAAAACUGUGGGUCGUAGUCACAAGUCAUAUGACAAAUUAACCAAGUUAAGCGAGGGAGGGUCUGAACAUUUCAGUUUUCUUGCAGAUUAGCAGUAACUACUGAAAAAAACAAGGGGUGAGAACUCAGCCAAAGUCUUGUCUUGGUCUAAUAACCUGAGUAUUUUUCUAUCUAUACCUCGAGAGGCACAAACAUUCACUUUGAUGCCCAGGCUUGGACAGAUGCAGAAAGCUCCUUUCUAGAGCCAGUGACCCAAAACUUCCUGUCUAGUAGUCGACCCCCCAGAAGACUGUUUUGUGAAUCAGACAAGUUUUUCUCGAACUCUCUUUGCAGCGGGGUGCAGUGUUAUCUUACCUUCCUCCAGAACCAUCCAGCCUCCGUACACAACAGAACACAGGGCUCGGCUUCGCAGAGCUGUCCCGGGCAGCCUUUCCAGCACACCCCUCCCACGGUCUCAUCAUUAUACACCAACCUACCUGUCGGCGUGUGUACAGGGCUGUGUACACGUGUGACUCCGUGACAGGUGGCAGUGGUGUGAGUGUGGCACCAACUCAUACAUUUUACUAAGUUCCCCUAAAUGGCAGAGAAGGACCAAGCUAAAUUUGUGCUCCUGCAAAAAUGAAGUUGUAUUUUACUGAGGUGCGUAUAGCAGAGCUGUACUUGGUGAAUUUCUUAGGGUGUUAUAUAAACAUACCUUUCAAGUAUCUCGUCAGCUGUGAUAGCAACACACAUUCUGGUUUUCAGGGUUUCAGAAGUGACAGAAGGCAGUGGUCAGAGCUAGUUAGGAAGUAGUCUUGCAAAGAUCAAGUGUUUUUAAUGGCGUUUUUCUGUGGGAGUAAUUGGUCCAUAUGCAGUUUUCACUUGACAUAAUAGUUUGGGGACGCUGUCUGAAUCUGACUAUACCUCCACUUAAAGCUCUAGGUUUGAAAUGGUCUGCAAAGAUCCUUCAGUGCUUUCCAUAAACUUCUGGUGAAAAGAAAACUGAAUUUUAUUUUUUCUUCUAAAAUAAAGGGCCUGGGCCGGGGAUUUAGCUC